GUGAUCUUUCGCCGAGAGCGCAACACGCAGCACGCAUCACGCAGCGAGAUUCGAAUACCAGUCGCUUAUACCUUAGUAGUGUUUCGUUUGUGUCUUUUUGUGUGUGUGCGUGUAUUACAGAGUAUUCUCGUAGCGGCAAGUUUUAGAAUAACAAAUUAACUAAAACUUGAAAAAAUAAUUAACGAAAAGAAACAGCAAAUACUACGUGCUGAUUUUUAAAACGAAUCACCUUUACAAAGUGUACUGAAGCAUUAUUGAAAAUUGUUCAAAUUCUUACGUACCCCGUCCACCGUCCACGUGAGCAGCAAACAGCAAACGCAAUCAAAAUACGUGCAUAAGUACAAACACCUAUAUACACAUAUAUAUAUAUUUUAUAAAUAAAAUCCACAGCGUGCACUCACGAUUUGUAAUAACUGUUUGAAUAAGAAAAAUUAGAAAAAACACAGAAAAAAAAAGCGCCAAAAUGUCGAAGAAUAACGGAAAAGGUGAUAAGUACGAAAAUCAAUUUCCGCAACCGGCUGCAAAGCAAACCUUGUCGGAAAUGAUCUACAAUCCGAGCAGUGGCGCCAUCUUUGGUCGUACUGGCAAAAGUUGGGGUCAACUUUUCUUGUUUUAUGCCAUAUUCUAUAUCGUGCUUGGCAUACUGUUCACCAUUUGCAUGCAGGUCAUGCUCUCGACUGUGGAUAAUCAUCAGCCCAAAUGGAAGCUAGAGGAGUCUCUGAUUGGCACCAAUCCCGGAUUGGGUUUCCGGCCGCUGAGCGAACAAACCGAACGCGGUUCGGUUAUUGAAUACGACAGAAAGAAGCCCGCCGAAUAUGAAUACUGGGUUAGCUUGGUCGAUGAAUUCUUACAGGAUUACAAUCACACUGAGGGUCGCCAGAUGAAGCACUGCGAUUUCAAGCAAACGCACAACGACAACGAUGUCUGCGUCGUUAAUAUUGAUAACUUUGGACCCUGUACGGCGGCAAAUGGAUAUGGCUAUAAGACUGGCGAGCCCUGCAUCUUUCUCAAGCUGAACAAAAUAUUUGGCUGGAUGCCCGAAUUCUAUGAGACGGCCAUCAAUGGCAUGCCCGCCUCUCUGCAGCAGGUCAUCAACGCAACGAGUGCCGAUGAGCGCCAACAAAUCUGGGUCUCGUGCAACGGUCACUUGGGCAAGGAUAAGGAGCACUUCCAGAACAUCACCUAUUAUCCCAGACAGGGCUUUCCCUCCUAUUACUAUCCCUAUCUGAAUCAGCCCGGCUAUUUGAGCCCGGUUGUUGCCGUCCAGUUCCACGCCCCGCCCAAGGGCUCCAUGUUGGACGUGGAGUGCCGCGCCUGGGCCAAGAAUAUCAUCUACAGCGGCAGCUUACGUGAUCGCAUGGGUUCGGUUACCUUCCAGAUUUUGUUGGAUUAAAAUGCGUACGGUUUGUUAAGCUAGAAGAACUUGUGAUUGCAACAACCUAAAAUUCUUGUCCCGAGACCAACUACAACAACAACAACAACAACAAGGAGGAGAAGAAGAAGAAGAAGAUUUAAUUUUUAGAGCCUAGACGCCUUCAAGUCGUAAAUGUAUUGUAUAUAUUUAUAUGAAGAGAAACGAAAUAUACCCGCGCCUCUAUAACAAAAUCAGCCCCGAAAAAAAAGAAUUAUAAUAUAAAAAAAAAAACAGAAAAAUAUACAAAAAAAAAACCGAAAUUUUCACAAAAGUUCAAAUCGUACACCCGUAAUUGUUGUUAUAAAAUAGCUUCCGGCUUUUCUAUUGCUAUAAGUUAACAAUUACAAUAAUAUUAACAUUAUAAUUUUAUAGAUUCUUGUAAAGCAUAUGGUUAAUUUGUCAGUUGUAUUUAGUUUGUAUUUAUGUAGUAUGUUAUUAAUGCCAUUUAAUUUUUGUUCUCCAGUUCAAGUACUCCCUUAUGCCAGCAGCAUACUUUUUAAUUUUUUUUUUAAGUUGUUACAUUAAAUUUCAGCAACAUGCAAAUUUGUAAAAAUGCGAGAAAAAAAACCUCAACAAGCUACGUAAAUAAUGUAUUUGUUAUAUAACAAUUGCCACGCCUCUGUAAGGAUGUGUAAAAAGUAUUGAAAAGAAAAGAAAAA